GGUCCGACCAAUCAGAGGCGGGCUCCGUGCGGCUGCGUCCCUCCCUCCGGUCGAGCGAACACAACAGAUCCAGUGAACUUGUCCUAAUAGCGCCCUACGAAUCUUUCGUCCUCCGUGAACCCUGACCGCCCGGCCGCACGUCCUUCUACCAGAGCUUGGCUGUUGAUCAGGUCGGACAUGUCUGAACUGUUUAUGGAAUGUGAGGAAGAGGAGUUGGAGCCAUGGCAGAGACCAGCUCCGGAGGUGACCCUGGUGGAAGAUGAUGAUGACGACGAUGAGCCCAUCUUCAUCGGAGAGCUUGUAAACAGCCCAAAGGUGGUCAAACCCAGCCCUUCACCUGUACGGAUCGUAAUCCCUAGACAGGAAGCCCCGCCCCCAGCCCCCAGAGGGGCCACGCCCAUCAUGCUGUCAGCCAGUGUCCCUGGCAACGGAGCGAUGACGUCACCACCCCCCUUACCAACCAUACCCCCCCACCCAGUAAUCAUCAAUAGCCAGGGAUACAUCGUUCAACCGCAUCAACUGGGGCCCGCCAACCUCCUGGCCACGCUCGGAAAACAGUACCCGCCCGGAACCUCCUUCACCAUCGUCCCAGCUGGUCAGCCGCACCUCCUCCCGUUGCUGCCCCAGGCCAGGAUCAUGCCCGGGGUCGUCCACAGACCCCAGGUGAAGCUCAACAACAACGUGGUCACCCUGUCCAACGUCCAGAACCCUGCCGUCUACUCCUCCCCCGCUCCUCAGCCGCCUGUGACCCAGCCGCCCAAACCUCCGCCCGUUGACAUCUGCUCCGUGACUGCGACGAGUCCGACCGAGAGCAAAGGAGAUCAAAGCUUGCUGAAACGGCGAUUAAUGCCAACGCAAAACGAGGUCAAGACAAAGAAAGUCAAACUAGAGCCAGUACAAAAUAACAAAGCAGUCGAUGCACAAUACGUCUACAAGAAGAAGUGUUACAAAUGCAAAGUUAUCUUCCAUCAUCAGGAAGCUCUGAAGUCUCACCUGAAGAACUGCUCUGGCAAACCUGUGGAAAUGGUUUCCCCAUCGCCGCCUCCAAGCACAGUCGCUCCAGUCCAAGUCGUGAACCCCAAACACAUCCUGCUGGUCGGAGAGUUCUACUACGGGCGCGUGGAGGGCGACUGGCAGAUGCAGAGGCAGGAGCAUAAAACCAACACCACUUUCAAGUGCCAGAGCUGCUUUAAAGUGCUGAAGAACAACAUCAGAUUCAUGAACCACAUGAAGCACCACCUGGAGCUGGAGAAGCAGAGCAGUGAGAGCUGGGAGAGCUACACCACCUGCCAGCACUGCUACCGACAGUACAUGACCCCCUACCAGCUGCAGUGCCACGUGGAGCGGGCCCACAGCCCACUGGCAUCCUCAACUAACUGCAAGAUAUGCGAAUUGGCGUUUGAGACGGAACAGGUCCUACUGGAACACAUGAAGGAGACCCACAAGCCUGGAGAGAUGCCGUACGUGUGCCAGGUUUGCAAUUUCAGGUCCUCAUUCUUCAUGGAAGUGGAGGCUCAUUUCAAAGUAGCUCACGACAACACGAAAGACCUCCUGUGCCCGUUCUGCCUCAAAGUGCUCCGAAGUGGACACUCGUACAUGCAGCAUUACAUGAAACAUCAGAGAAAAGGCAUACAUCGCUGUGGAAAAUGCAGGCUGAACUUUCUGACCUACAAGGAGAGGGUGGACCACAAGAUCAACUUUCACAAGACUUUCAAGAAACCAAAAGCACUUGAAGGCCUUCCACCUGGAACUAAGGUGACCAUCCGGGCGUCUCUAGGAGGUACCGUCUCCUCAUGCAACCCGUGCCCCAGCAGCACCACUCAUGAAGCUCAACCUCCCAAACCAGCCAAGUCCAAACCCAAACGCCCCCAGGCCCUCGGGAGGCCCAAGCGUGCUAAGUCCAAGAGGCAGCAGGAGGCACGAGUGUCAAAGAAGAACACGGCUCUGAAGAACACCAGAAUCGGCGGAGGGCCACACACUUGUGUCGAGUGUUCCACAGAGGUCACUGACUUCUUCUCUCACUAUCCAAUGAUUUCGAACUGCGGUGCGUGCAAAUACCAGACGAGCUGCAAAGUCUCAAUCUACAAUCAUAUGAUAAGGUAUCAUAGUACAAUAUCGAAGGACCGAUUCAAGAGGAUGGGGAGUCAGAGAAUGUCGAAUCCAACAGUUAAAUCUCUGAGCUGCCUCUCCUGUGACUUCCUGGUGGGGGCCUUAGAAGGGGACAAGAUGACCAAGCAUCUGACGGACGACUCAGACCACGUGUGCCGGGUCAUUGAGCGGAAAGUUGCUGCUCCUGCACCUGGUGUGAUGCUCUCCGUUGUGCAGCCACCCAGAGUUUUCUACCUGUUUACGUCAACGUCUGAAACACCAAAGGAAGCGGACAUGAAACCAGUGGCCGGGUCUGAAGGGGCGGACCUGAAACCAUCGGUCGGGUCUGAAGGGGCGGACCUGAAACCAUCGGUCGGGUCUGAAGGGGCGGACCUGAAACCAGCAGCCGGGUCUGAAGGGGCGGACAUGAAACCAGCAGCCGGGUCUGAAAGGGCGGACAUGAAACCAGCGACCGGGUCUGAAGGGGCGGACCUGAAACCAGCAGCCGGGUCUGAAGGGGCGGACAUGAAACCAGCGGCCGGGUCUGAAGGGGCGGACAUGAGACCAGUGGCCGGGUCUGAAGGGGCGGACAUGAAACCAGUGGCCGGGUCUGAAGGGGCGGACCUGAAACCAGCGACCGGGUCUGAAGGGGCGGACAUGAAACUAGUGGCCGGGUCUGAAGGGGCGGACGACUCCGGGAACAGAGCCUCUGGUUCACCUCAAGAAGAGGAGUCUGAGGAGUUAGCUGGAACCGACCUGGGCAAGGAGGCAGGGGGCAAGGAGGCAGGGGGCAAGGAUGCCGGAGCCACAGGCAGUAAGGAGGCAGGGGGCAAGGAGGCUGGAGCCACAGGCAGUAAGGAGGCUGGGGAGAAGGAGGCAGGGGGCAAGAAGGCAGGGGGCUAA